UGGUAAGUGUAGCGGGAGUGGUUGUCAAGUCAAACUUCCUUUAUAAUUUAAUCAAAUAUAACGCUUGGUUGUCAAAUAACGGAAGUAUCGGCUACUUCUACAAGUUGUUGAAGAAAAGAAGAAAAUGAUCCGCUUCAUCCUAAUUCAGAAUCGAGCAGGAAAGACCAGACUGGCCAAGUGGUACAUGCAGUUUGAUGACGACGAGAAACAGAAACUGAUUGAGGAGGUGCAUGCUGUCGUGACAGUCCGUGACGCCAAACACACUAACUUUGUUGAGUUCAGGAACUUCAAGAUCAUCUACAGACGAUAUGCUGGCCUGUACUUCUGUAUUUGUGUGGAUGUCACUGACAAUAAUCUGGCCUACCUUGAGGGCAUUCAUAACUUUGUGGAGGUUUUGAAUGAGUAUUUCCACAACGUGUGUGAAUUGGAUCUGGUCUUCAAUUUCUACAAGGUGUACACAGUGGUGGAUGAAAUGUUCUUGGCUGGAGAAAUCCGAGAGACCAGCCAAACCAAAGUCCUCAAACAACUGCUCAUGCUGCAGUCUCUGGAGUAGGCACCCAGAACGGAACAUGUUUUCAGUGUCACUCAUUAUAGAACCGCACUCUCAUUGGCCAGUUUCACACAUACUCUUGGAGCAUGGCCCGCCCCACUGCAGUCUUGAUUCUGGUGUAUUGUACAGCGUCCUUACAACCAUAAACAUUUCAAAAAAAUUCUUUUUUUUUUUUGAGCUCUGUAGAAGUCAUCUAAUUAGCAUAGGCUAACAGGAGAAUAUCUCUCGCUCAGGGCUAGGCAACUGUCCUCUGACAAAGGCACUGUUUAUUGGCAGUCUGUUGCUCUAAUCCUGACCAUAGAGACCUGACUCUGCCACUGAAAUGUCACUCUUGAUUACUGAGGUCAGUUUUAUUUGCAUAUUGUUAGAUAUCGUAUGUCUUGACUGCACAAGAGGAGGGUUGCUUCCCCCGUCACAUCGUUCAUCUAUCAGAUCAGUCAUCUGCAUUGCACUGGGCUCCUAAAUUUUAAUCUCGACAUAGACGUAGUUUGUGAACCCCACCCCUAAGCAUCGAUUUCUUUCCAAAAAAAAAAAAUCACACUGAGAGGUUGCCAGAUUGUGACUUGUAUGCGCUCUCUUGUAUAAGCAUAUGUAGAUGACCACAAUCUGGCAACGCCGGACGUUCCCUUUUUAUCACUGACACUAAAAGAGAUUACGAGCUCUGUGAUGGCUGACAACUUCCAUGUCACCGAGAGCUUGCUGAAUCCAUCCAUGUCAAUUAAAAGAACCACACUACUACAUAACAGUGAUUUCAGCCGUUUGACCCUGGUUCAGAGCGAACUCCUCUCAGACUGCAGCCAUUGUUGAAUUACUUCCUUUAAUCCCGAUGACACGAAGCCAAUGAAACGUCGUGAGACGUAAAUAUAAACAGGUUUCUAUGAAGUUGUAAUUCCUAAACAGUUUACAUGUUGGUCGGUGACUUGCAUUACUGUGUAACUUUCGAAAAGAAAAACAAACAAACAAAAAAAGAAAGAGGUAAAAUGAACCCAUAAAAGAGGUAUAAACCACACAGAACCUAGUAAGUCAAAGUAUGUUGUGCUUCAUGUGUAAGACAGUGCUGUGAACUUUGUUUUCAUUGUGUGUAUAUAUAUACAUUAUAUAGGCCUAUAUAUUUUAUGUAUAAUUGUACGGAACUUAACAACUGAACCAUUCCAGUUGCUUAACCAGUCUCCCCAGAUGUGUCUGCUAGUAUCUCUGCAAUGUGGAAGACCUUAAAUCACAAGGUUAAGGCUCUUGUUGCUAAAAUCAGCAACAGGAACAUUGACAGGAAUCAUCUUCAUACCAGUGAGUCAUGGUUGCGAUUAACAACGUUGUGAUUAACAAACGGCACUUCGAGAUGUUUCUGUCUUUUCCUGUUGUUUUUUUUUUUUGUGUGUGUGUGUGUGUGUGUUUUCUCUUUCUGGAUGUCCAGAGCCUUUAUGCUGAGACAUGUCUGGUUGCAGAGGCUUAACGCUGAGUCAUGUUUGGUCAUCUGCAGAGGAUGGAGAUGGGGGAGCUGGUUCAGAGCAGGGCUGAAUGUUCGUAAUAGUGCUCCGAGCAACAGUACAGAGGAGACCCAGCGUAGUCAGAGACAGUUACUGCAAACCCUCAGGGUUCAUCUCCCUGCUAGGUCUCAUUGUCAUGACUCACACACACGCAUGCACACAGACUUGGUGUACGCAUUGGCUUAUCAAUGUGCACAGCUUGUACAAUUUCUGGCUCUGCUAGUGUGAUGUCCAGCUUUGAGAAGUUGUUUUUCAUUGCGAGUUUCUGGGUAUAUCUCCUCUAAACAACCAAUCAGAGAUCAUCUUAGGACAGAUGGCAGAUGUGCUGUUUUUCUCCACUCACGACUUGAGAGGCAUUGUGACAUCAUGCCUCUGUACUGUUGGUUUCAUAGCAACCAUUCCACAUUCAGCCUUGAAUCUCGUAAACAAUGUUAUGUUUCAUAUAUUGCUGUUGAUUUUUGUAUGCUCUUUUUUUAUUAUUAUUUCUUUAAUGUGUCCCUUCCUUAGGUAAGAAAUGUCCAGAUUAACCCACAUGUACUUCUGCGAGAUUACAACUGAAAAAUGUUUAAUUCUUCCGAAAGAAUAAUUCUGGUCAAUGUGAAUAUACAUCAGAAAAGAAAUGAAAUGAAGAAAUAAAGAUGAAAUAAGAAAA